AGGCAGUGCGGGCCGGGCCCGGCAGCCUGGGCUGCGCUGGGCGGAAGCGGGGAUGCCUGUGGGGACGGCGCUUUUCCCUCUGCCCCGCCCCCUGGGACCACCUCCCCUCCCCACUGCUGUCGGCCGGCCGCGGUGGGGCCGGCGGCCGUUAGUUCGGCUUCCCGAGGCCGCUCCUUCAGGCCUCCUUCUCCGGGGCGGCGGAGAGGCCGUGUCCCCGCCGCUCCCGCAGGCCCCAUCUCCCCUGCUUGCCGGGAAGAGACCGGCUGGGAUUUCGGAGCUUUCCCGCCAGAGCCGGCUCUUCUUUCAGGGGCAGGCUGUUUUCCCCGGGAAGCUCGGCUUUCCGUCACACCUGCCUCACCCCCCGCCUUCCUUGAGACCCGAAUGCCCUUUCUCAGCUACUUCUGCGUCUCCCGUAAACAUUUCUCCAACUCGUUCACUCUGUGGUGUCUCCCCGAGCUGUGAUAUUGUAGUGCCACCACCAGCAAGAAACGUCCGGACCCUCCUGCCAGGUUAUGAAAAUCCCCUUACCGGCCACAGUUUGCUUACCUGGCUCAUCGCCGCCUGGACUUUGUAUCUUUGUUAAAGUCAGUGAUGUGAAAAGACCUGACAUGGAUGAUAUUGCUGAUAGGAUGAGGAUGGAUGCUGGAGAAGUAACUUUAGUGAACCACAACUCCAUAUUCAAAACCCAUCUCCUGUCACAAACAGAUUUCCCAGAGGACCAGCUUUCACUGUCUGACCAUCAGAUUUUACCUGACAGGCAAGGAAAUUUGGACCGAUCUUAUACAUGUUCUACAAGAAGUGCAGCUUAUAAUCCAAAUUAUUAUUCAGGAUUCUUUGUCAGCAAGAUGAGAUCUCCUCCCCUAAAAAGACACAACCCUUCCUCAGACAGUUUUCUUGGCUCAGGAGACUUAAGAACCUUUGGCCAGAGUGCAAAUGGCCAAUGGAGAAAUUCCACCCCAGCAUCAGGUUCAACUUUACAAAAAUCAAGAAACAGCCGAAGUCUUUACCUCGAAACCCGAAAGACCUCAAGUGUAUUAUCAAACACUUUUAUGGGAAAGUCAAACCAUCACUGCCAUGUGUCUGCAUAUGAAAAAUCUUUUCCUAUUAAGCCUGUUCCAAGUCCAUCUUGGAGUGGUUCAUGUCGUCGAAACCUUUUGAGCCCCAAGAAAACUCAGAGGCGACAUGUUAGUACAGUGGAAGAGACAGUUCAAGAAGAAGAAAGAGAGAUCUACAGACAGCUGCUACAGAUGGUCACAGGGAAACAGUUUUCUGUAGCCAAACCCACCACCCAUUUUCCUUUACAUCUGUCUCGAUGUCUUAGUUCCAGUAAGAAUACUUUGAAAGACUCACUGUUUAAAAAUGGAAACUCUUGUGCAGCUCAGAUCAUUGGCUCAGAUACUUCAUCAUCUGGAUCUGCCAGCAUUUUAACAACCCAGGAACAACUGUCCCACAGUGUGUAUUCCUUAUCAUCUUAUACCCCAGAUGUUGUUGCAUUUGGACCCAAAGAUUCUGAUUCUCUCCAUCAACCCCAACAUCACCACUCUCUUCCACAUCAGCCAGAUAACUUACCAGCUUCAAAUACACAAUCCGAAGGAUCAGACUCUGUGAUUUUACUCAAAGUGAAAGAUUCCCAGACUCCAACUCCCAGUCCUACUUUUUUCCAGGCAGAACUGUGGAUCAAAGAAUUAACUAGUGUUUAUGAUUCUCGAGCACGGGAAAGAUGGCGCCAGAUUGAAGAGCAGAAAGCACUGGCAUUACAGCUUCAAAACCAGAGAUUGCAGGAACAGGAGCAUUCAGUACAUGAUUCAGUAGAACUGCAUCUUCGUGUACCUCUUGAAAAGGAGAUUCCUGUCACAAUCGCUCAAGAAACAGAAAAAAAAGGUCGUAAAUUAACUGAUAGUGAAGAUGAAUUUCCUGAAAUCACAGAGGAAAUGGAGAAAGAAAUAAAGAAUGUAUUUCGUAAUGGGAACCAGGAUGAAGUUCUGAGUGAAGCAUUCCGCUUGACCAUUACACGCAAAGAUAUUCAAACUCUAAACCAUCUGAACUGGCUCAAUGAUGAGAUCAUCAAUUUCUACAUGAAUAUGCUGAUGGAGCGUAGUAAAGAGAAGGGAUUGCCAAGUGUGCAUGCAUUUAAUACCUUUUUUUUCACUAAGUUAAAAACGGCUGGUUAUCAGGCAGUGAAACGUUGGACAAAGAAAGUGGAUGUAUUUUCUGUUGACAUUCUUUUGGUGCCCAUUCACCUGGGAGUGCACUGGUGUCUUGCAGUUGUGGACUUUAGAAAGAAGAAUAUUACCUAUUACGACUCUAUGGGUGGGAUAAACAAUGAAGCCUGCAGGAUCCUCUUGCAAUACUUAAAGCAAGAAAGCAUUGACAAGAAAAGGAAAGAGUUUGACACCAAUGGCUGGCAGCUCUUCAGCAAGAAAAGCCAGGAAAUUCCACAGCAGAUGAAUGGGAGUGACUGUGGCAUGUUUACCUGCAAAUAUGCUGACUGUAUUACCAAAGACAGACCAAUCAACUUCACACAGCAACACAUGCCAUACUUCCGGAAGCGGAUGGUCUGGGAGAUCCUCCACCGAAAGCUCUUGUGAAGACUGUCUCCGUUAGCAGACAUUGACCUUGUAGGGGACCAGCUCUUCGUUGUCUACAGCCAGAGACCUUGGAAACAGCUGCUCCCAACCCUCUGUUAUUGUAAAGCCCUUGAUUCUGGACCAGGCCCUGGCGAGAUGCAUUCACAAGCACAUCUGCCUUUCCUUUUGUAUCUCAGAUACUAUUUUUGCAAAGAAACUUUGGUGCUGUGAAAGGGGUGAGGGACAUCCCUAAGCUGAAGAGAAAGACUGCUUUUCACUUCUUCGGUUCUGCCAUCUUGUUUUCAAAGGGCUCCAGCCUCACUCAGUCCUUAACUAAGGGGCUGAGAGAAGCUUGGAAAGACUCUUGGUUUCAUAUAAACUCUUGUUGAUAGGCCUUACUAAGAGGUAGGAAAGGGCAUGGGCAAAAAGGUAGGGAUGAAAACCACCAGCAUAUACACGCACACAUACAUGCACACAGGAUUUCCAAGGCGUGCUGUCAGGAAAGUGACUGUAAACUGGACUUUGGGGUACAUGCAUUAAGUCCCUCCUCCAGGACUGUUCUUAUUUAUAUGCCCCUUUGUGAAAUCCGUCUGCUCUGUAUAAGGCUGUUUUAUGAUCUGUAGCUUCCUCCCAUCCUGAGACACAACACAUGAGCCCUGGGUGGACCCCAAAGUCCCAGGCAGUCCUUUUCUUAAAAGCAGGAGUUUGCAUGUGCUCACAACACAUGAUAUGGGAAGACCCACCCGGAGCGGUUUAGUGGAGCAACAAGGCACCACUUUGACUGCCGCCUACUUCUGACCAAGACGAAGAAGGACCUCAGUCUUUAGCAUAAAAUUCCAGCAUUGGAUGAGUGCAGGUCUAGUUUGGUCUGUGGCUAGUUAGUUUAAAUAUGUUUCUAACCACAGAGAAUUUAAUAUAUAUAUAUUUCACAGGGAUAUGCUUUUUUUUAAAAGGCUGAAUGUGUUCAGCAUUUUAGCCUGUAGAUUUAUUUCCAUUUUCCAAAUUUAGCUCUAGCACGCACAGAUCCCAGCCUCUAUGUGUAGGGUGUUUGUGGACUUCCUAACAGAAUAUUUUGAGGCCUGGAUGAACUUUGGCUUAGGGGGUAGAGGUUACAGAGGAAGAUGAGAUUUUCAACUGGAAAACAGGUGGAAUUUGGACUGAGCAACUUGAGAUUAAAAAACUCCUAUUCCUUUUGUUCUUUCUAGCAUUUUCCCCACCCUCUGAGUGCUCCUCAGGCUAAAUAGUGACAUGAUCCAAUGCCAGUGUCCUUUUGUACUUAAGUUCCAAAAUAGGAACGUUUUAUACUUUUUUCUGUAUUGUAAUAGGUAGUUUUGUAUGAAUCUUUUCUCCUCUUCCCAUGUACCCCAUCCUUUACAGCAUUGUGCUUUCUCCCUGGGCUUAUUUGAAAAUUUUACUCUGUUUUAUACCAAGCUUGUUUAGUACAUUUUUCUAUGUUUUACCACAGGUUACAAUUUGAAAAGAAAACUAUUUUUUUUAAAUAUUCCAUUGUUAACUGAAUGUUACUGUCUCCACUCCAGCAACUAGAGGUCCUACCUUUUCAUAACUGCCUGCCUUCUGGGGGAAGACCACCUUUUGUUUGUUUUCUUUUUUUCUUUCUUUCUUUCUUUUUUUUUUUUUUUUUUUUUGAUGUUUUCUAUAGGAAAUAAAUAGCUUUCUAUAUAUGAGUUGCUGGAACCUUUCACAUUCUCUUUAGAAAGCUAUGGCAUGCAGGCUCAUUGUAGGACUCCUGAACAUUGAUUCUUGGUACUUAAUGUAUUUAAGUGACAACUUGAAAGGUGGCAGUAUGGUAUAGAUUUGGACUAUGAAUCAAAAGACCUGAGUUUUUCAGGCCCUCUUGCUAUUGUCUGGGGGACUCAGAACAAGAUAGUUCUCUGUAUUUAUUGUUUGUCCAUUUAGGUAACAUCUGUCUUACCUUCCUCACAGACUUUUUGUACAGACCAAAGCAACAAAUAUUUAUUGCCAUGUAUAGCAGAAAAUGAAACAUGCAACAAAAGCACUUUGAAAAAUACAUAAGGAAUUGUUGAGCCUGUCUGAAUUUGACCCCCCUUUCUGACCAAUGCAGUUUUGUACAAGGUGGAGUUAGUGAUCCUGAGACCACCCUACAUGGGUGGCCCAAGCUGAGACAUAGGUUGUGGCCCAGGGUGGCUCAAUGGGAACCAAAUAUAGACUUAUAUAGUGGGCCAUUCUUUCCAGAGGGCUAGCCAGCAAGAGGAGGACUAGCAUCUGGAAAAUUACUUUCUCCUUCAUUUAAGGGUAGGCUUUGAUGAUGGGGUGGGGGGAGAUGUUCCUACAUUCCAGGGCCAAGGGCAUGUUACCAGUAUCUUGUUUAACCUGCUGUAAACUAAAGCCUGUUGGUUUCCUUUUCUCCUGUCUUCCCUUCUCUCCUGUGCUCAGUGCUCAUAAUCACCUACCUCUCCGAAAAAAGGAACGCUCGAGGGAUGAUAAGCUGUAGAUGCCAGAUAUAGAGCCUUCAACAGAAACCACGGUCCCAGCAAUCACUCCUGGACCCUGUACAGAGGAAGUCAAAUAGGACAUUCCUGCCCAUUUGAGAAUACGUGUUCUGAAGCACAGAGGCUAGUUCCAUCCCAUUUGUCACCUGGCACCCACUGUUGCUCCCAGGAGUCCUCCUCUCCCUCAGAAUGCCCUGCAGCUGUGGGGAGUGCUGCUUUUUCAGGAGAUUCAGAGAAGCAAGGAGUCGAAGGGAAGACCCACUGUUGCUCCUGGGAGUCCUGUUUAGGGUUGAAUCUAAGAGUACUUUUCCCUAGCUGGCCUGGAGACUUUGUGUAAAUUGACUCCUCUCUAUAUGAGGUGCUUCAUACUUCUGUGUGGUAUCAACUUCUCUCUUCUUUAGCCCCUGUAACUGUGGUAGCGUCUUCUACUCACUGCCCCUAGCAAAGUUAGCCCCAAGUUUUAGUGUCCUGGGGUAGAAACAGGUAAGCUGGAGAAGCACUGCCGGCAACCCCAUCCCAUGAUCUGUCCAUCACCACCUGCUUUUACAUGGCCCAUAAGUAGCUCUAGUGGGUAGAGAGGAAGAGGGUUCAUGUAAGAGCCCCAAUGUUUUUCAUAUUUCAGCCUCUGGUCCUUCUGUGCCAUCCCUCCAGCUCUCAAACGUCUUGCCAAAGUAAGACAGAUGACUGACACUCGGGCUCUGUCUUCUCCCUUGCUUCACCUGAAGGGGCCCAGCUGAGGUGGAAUGGUGCUUUCACCCUGGGAGUUCACAUACCCAAGAGAGUCAGAAAAGGAGGCAUAAAGCUAUCAGCCCUGUUGUUGACUCAAACAGGCUACGUGCUGAGCUCCUGGGAAAGUUGCCAUAUUUCCCUGCCCAGGGGCACUGUAUCUACAGCGUCAAAUUCAUCCUAAAAUGUUGGAAGGGACAAGUAAGGCUUGGACCAGCAUCCUUCCUUAUACUCCAGGCCUUAUUUCACCUGUGCCGAAUCCUAACAUCUGUCUGUUAAGAGCCCGUAACCACCAUUCCCAGCUUUGGUGGUGGGGAGGGACAUAAGGGUAUGUGGGGUCCUGCUGGUUACCCACUAAGAUAAGGGAGAACUUACACAUGCAUCCCCUGUGGGAGAGAAAAGAGAAACUAGGAGACUGAACUAGAAGAUAAGCCUUGAGGAAAUACUAGUGCAGGCUGCCUCUCCAGCCUGUCAGGGACAGGUUGGGGAUAAUUCCAAUUGUGAGUAGUUGGGCCGAUCAGAUGUCCAGGGUCUUAUCAAAGUCUGAGAUUCUGAAAUGUUAUUUAGGGUCAUAAUGCUGCUUAGAGUAAAAAUCAGUCAAGGUAGAGAUUCAAAGUUAAAGUUUAAAGGCCUGUGUUAACUUGCUGGAGUUAAGGCCCAGGUCAGAGUCUUAUCCUAAUGGGACAGGUCGUAGCUAUAGACUUCUCCAGUCUAAGCUGAGGAGUAGCCGUCAACUGCUUGAUGCAGAACACAAGUCCCGGGAAGGGAAAGCGUACGGGAGAGACGCACAGGGAGCCCAGAGUCUUCAGUUGGCCGGCCGUGCAACCGCCAUUCAAUUUUCUCUUUUAUUCCUUUCACAAAUACCUACAGAGCACACACACCUAAAUCCUGCCUCCAUGAAGCCUUCCCUGAUCACAUAUAACAUCUCAUAUCUGGACAUCGGCAGCCUUUGUAAUCAGAAAAGAUUGUAACUCCACCUGGUAUUUGUAUCGUAAUCUGUCUUGUAUCAGCAAUGGACUGAGACAUGUCACCACUUAGGGCAAGUGAAUGAUUUGGUGCUUUUUUUUCAAACCAGGAGUGCAAGCUGCUUCUCUUCCGCCUGCCAGUGGAGAAGGGGUAACUCUAUAAAGGUUUAUUUAGAAAGACAGCCUGUGGGAGUUGGGAAAAGAGGGGCUACUCAUGACUAGUGAGGCUGCACCUCCUUUGUGGUCCCAAACUUUCGUCUCUAGUCCCAAACCUCAUGCCCCACUCUGCCCUUAACAAAAACACCUUCCUCAGCAGUUGAGCAUGCCCUUCAGGGGGGCUCAGUCUAUCCCAGGGAACUAAUCAAAGUAUAUUUUUUCCUAACCACACAUCUUUCUAUUAAAUACAGUUUUCUCCAUCCUUUUUAUUUCCGGUGAUAUUGUACAUCCCUUAUAGACUGAAGCUGUGGGUCCCUUUCUGCCUGCCUUGUCGUUUAGAUGGACUGUUAUACAUGCUGCCUGUGUCUUGUCUGUUAGCCCAGAGCUAAGUUCCUGGAGGGCACUUGCUUCAUCUGAUACUUCUGGGGAGCCCCUUAUGCUAAAUGUUUAAUAAACAUGUGUUUAAGCCCUGGGCUUGAGGGCCCUGAAGGGUGGAGUGAAGAGAUGGUUUGACCAAGGAAAUAAAAGCCACCUGUUCACCAGGACCUUAGAGUCUAAUUUGGGAGGCCGGGCAGACACCAAGCAAUGGACCUUAUCAAGAAAGCCAGCUUGUGGGCGCAUGGUCCAGUUUGAAGCUGGAUAUGGAUGAUGGAGGGGAAGAGGUAGAGAUAGGUCAAGGAUGAUGUUGCCUUUAUCUGUCUACCUAUGUGUGACUCUACUUUUUAAGUUGAUUUAUUUAAAAUAAAUUCUGUGGAUUUUGCUUUCUUGUUUUGACUGGAAACUCCCUGGUAAAAAGCACUCGAUGGUGUUUGUCUCUCUAAGACUGUCUCUCUGUCUCUUUGACUGUUUGUUCUGUCUCUGUCUGUGUCUAUGUCUCCUGAUCCAAACUGGACCAGUGAUUGGAUUCUCAGUGUGGUCUGGAUUCCUGAGUCCACCCCUUAACCAGGAGUCUGAAUACUGUUCAUUCAUUUAUUUCAUU